UUCAGUCAGUUGAACUUAUUCUCAGUUCCCAUUCUCAGAUUACACUUCAGUGUUUUUAAAAAUAGAGUGAAUGAUGUCUAUUUGUAAAUUGCCUUUCACAGCAAGCAAGAGCCUGAAGAACAGAGCAUUAAUUGUGUCUGUGGAAAACUUCUAUCCGGGUGUGGAUCUAAUGAAGCGGUGGGGUGUAAAGAGAGACACACAGAGACUUCACAAAAUUCUUACUAAACUCGGCUUCUCUGUGGUCAUCAAACAAGACAUGGAGGCAGAAGAGAUCUAUGAAGUGUUCAAAGCCGAGAGCAAUAAGACAGUUAAAGACUGUUUUAUGGGCGUCAUAUCCAGUCAUGGUGAGGAGGGUGUUGUGUUUGGGGCUGAUGGAUGUCCUGUGAGACUGGCCAAGAUCUACAGCUACUUUGGAGGUCCGUCAAUGACGAGCAAGAACAAACUGUUCCUUAUACAGGCUUGUCGAGGAAAUGAGUUGGAUGAAGGUGUGGAGACAGACUCUUCAUGCUCAGAGGAAGAGAAGGGCAUGUCUGAGCUUUUUUCCAUUCCCAUUGACACCGCAGUCAUGUACGCCACAGCCCCAGGUUACGGUGCAUUCAUGCAUCCUUUGGGCUCAGCGUUCAUUCAGACUCUUUGUGAAUUGCUGGAACAGGAAGGAGGUCCAAAUCUGGAGCUCACACGACUCAUGACUCGUUUGAAAUACCAGGUUGCCUACAACUUCCAAGCAAAAGGCAAAACGUUUUGUGGCAAAACGCAGAUGCCGUGCUUUGUGACCCGCUUUACCAGAGAGGUGUUUCCAUUCAUGGACAGCAGGACAGCAGAAGACUUGAACUUCAGCUUUGCAGCCACAAAGCGCAUUGAUGAACCCAAAAGAUCACGGAGGAGAUCCAUCAGCUAAAAUUAUGAAGAAUCUGAUGCAGGAACUGUACAGAGAGCCAUCUCUGAGACAUCUCUCAUAAUAUCUCAUUUGAAACUGAUAAAAAAACAGGUAGAGUGACGUAAAGUUACAUCUACAGCAGGAAGUGGACGAAAAGAGAAGGAUGUUUUUUUAUUGAACUCUCUGGGAAUUUAAUUGUGUUUGUUACUUCCUUUUAUUUAUUGUCCUAAAGUAUUUUCAAAGUAUAAUUUUUUUAUGUAAAAUAAGAUAAUAUCUAAAUUAUAAGAACAGAAAAUGUUUUUAUAAAAUGCUUGCUACCGUUCAUCAGUUACAUGUGUGGUCUUUC